AUGUCCGAGUACAAAUUAUGUGUUUUUGGAUCCGGUGGUGUUGGUAAAUCAUGUCUCACUAUGCAAUUUGUUCAAGGUAUUUUCAUGUCAAAAUAUGAUCCAACUAUCGAAGAUGUUUAUAAAAAAACUGUUGAAAUUGACGGAAGACAAUAUUCAUUAGAAAUUCUUGAUACUGCUGGAACAGAAGAUUUUUCAGCGAUGAGAGACUUAUAUGUAAAAAACAGUCAUGGAUUUGUUCUUGUCUAUUCAAUAACAUCUCAAGCAACAUUCAAUGAUUUAGAUGAGUUCUAUAAUCGAAUCGUACAAAUAAAAGACAUUGAACUCCAUGGUCCACCACCAUUGGUUCUUGUUGGAAAUAAGAAUGACUUAGACGAAGAACGCGUUGUUCAACGGCAAGUUGGACAAGAAUUAGCAAGAAGAUGGAAAUGCACGUUUCUUGAGGCAUCAGCUAAACAUCAACUAAAUGUUAAUGAAAUCUUCUAUGAUCUUGUUCGACAGAUAAAUAAAGCAGCCAAUAAACCAGGUGGUCGUCAUCACCGAGACCCUACAGGAGGAUAUAAACCAACACGACCAGCACGGCCAGUUAACCCUAAUCCACACGUUAAUCCCCCACAAGGUGGAAAAAGAGGACACAAAAAGGAAAAAUGUAUUUUACUCUGA